ACAUUCUAAGUAAUAACAUAGUCCUUAAUAGGACAUAAACGCUGAGAUUCAGAAAACGUGGAUUGAUAAAUUCAUAAAAUGGAAAGGCAAGAAGAUACCUUACCAGAAGAUGUUAUCAGCAAAACCCAAGAGUUUCACGACAACUUGACAAAUGUAGCUACCGUCAUUGAAGAAAUGCAGGCCAAAACUCACAAAGUUUACGAUGAGGCAUGUUCUUUUAAAAAGUAUUCAUUAUAUCAAACAAAAUUAAUCCUUAUCAAAAUAAUCCUUAGUUAUGACCAGUAUAUUCAUUUAAAUAAACAUUUUCAGUUGUCAGCACUAGAUAAGGCAAAAUUAGACCUGGCUGGUAUAUAUUCAAUGAAUGCCUUGUUUCGUGUUUAUCUCAUUACCAAGGGAAUUGAUCCAAAGGAACACGAAAUAGGGCAAGAACUGAAUAGAAUAAAAAAGACAAUGAAUAGAGUUAAAGAUAUCGAAGAGAAGCUAUCUCGUGCUAAAGUCAAUACAGGCGCAGCUAAGAGACUCAUAAGAAAUGCAAUGUGGGACAAAGCCCAUAAAAAAUCUGACAAAGACCCUAAAAAAGAUUCUGCAAACGAUAGAAAAACGAAUAAAGUAAGUAAAGAAAAGAAAUGA